AGCCAAGACGGAAGAACAUUUGACCCUUUGCUAAGUGUCUUACCCUGGAGUAACUAACUCAUCUAUACUGCAUUCAUAUUAAGAGAUUUAUGAAGAAUCAAAAAUGAAUUUGGAACAAGAGAGGCCUUUUGUCUGCAGUGCCCCAGGCUGUUCACAGCGCUUUCCAACAGAGGACCAUCUGAUGAUCCACAGUCACAAGCAUGAAAUGACUUUGAAGUUUCCUUCGCUAAAAACAGACAACAUGUUAUCAGACCAAACUCCAACACCAACCCGGUUUUUAAAAAACUGUGAGGAAGUGGGACUCUUCAGUGAGAUAGACUGCAGCUUAGAGCAGGAGUUUAGAAAGGCACAAGAAGAAGACAACAAUAAAACGAAUAUUCCAAUGCAUAAUAGUGUGGGAGAUGCUAUGACAGGACCCGGGGUGCACCAGCUCUCUAAUCCCAGGAUGCCAAAUCAUGACACCAGCAUUGUGAUUCAACAAGCCAUGCCAUCACCACAAUCAAGUUCAGUCAUAACACAAGCACCUUCAACAAAUCGGCAGAUUGGGCAUAGCCUUCUAGAAGAAAAGCUUGGACAGAAACUUAAUUCAACUCUCUGCCCAGUGCAGGAAUCUACUACAGCAGUUUCCCUAAUGGAUGGCUGCCCAGACAAUGUUUAA